AUGUCGGCAGCCAAGCUGGAAAAGAAGAUAUGGACCUUGGAGCAGAGACUGCGCGAGGAGUUCCGCGUCGAGUUGCGGAGGGCAGUCGGGCACUGUGUCGCGAGAGUGCAGCAUCUGGAGGCCGAGAUGCUUCUACUCAGAGGAGAGAAGCCUGAGAGACCUUCGAGAACAGGAGCACAACUUGCGGCGCAAGAUCAGGUUUCCGUUGACGUCUCCUCCGGAGAUGCCCCCCUCCCAGGAACUGUUGCUGAAAAGACACAGGAAGCGGACGUGUUGCCCGUCGCCCGGCCGUCUUGGCCUGAAUGGCCGGAAUGGGAGCCUAACGAGGCAGUAGCGAAAGAUGAGUGUGUCGACUGGGUCCCAUUAGAGCCCGUGGCUUUCUUAGAGUCUACUUGGAACCUUGUAUUAGUCAUGGGCUUCACCGAUGCUGGUUGGCUGGAUAUCAUUAUUGCCUGCCUGCUUUUGAUUGCCAGCGCUGGUCUGCAGAUCGCCUUCAGUAUAAUUCUGCUGUCGCCAGAUUUCCUUGGAGAGCCCUUUGAAAGCCACAUCCAGAGCGCAGAGUCUUGGAGGGUUGGUGUUGCCCAUGAUUACAGGCACAUGGAUCUGGCACAGACCAGCCUCGUCUCACGCGUGUGCAACAAGGACCCUUCCCUCAUCGUGUCGGCAAGUCAAGCGACUCUCCUUGAUCAGAUUGAUGCUUUCCUCGGCCUCUUACAACCCUUAAACGUGAGUUUGGGAAUCCUGCUCUGCAUGCUCUGCAUCCUCCUAUGGUGCCUCUAUCUGUGCAACGAGUUUCGGGCCAUUGGCCUGUCAUUGGAGGCGAUACUGCAGGUUCCACGUCGUGCCUACACGACCUUCGAUCACGGCCGCUUUACGACAAUGUCCUACUGGCGCUUCGCGGGGUAUGUCCUGGCCCGACUCACUCGUGGCGUGAUCGCCGGUUUGCUGCUUUAUGCUGGAAUUCUUUGGCUGGGGAAUACCACGUCGAUCACCGAUCUGAUGCUGAACGCGGUGGCCCUGGGGGCUGUCUUGGACGUCGACGAGAUGUUUUUUGCAGCCCUGAUGCCGAAGAAGAUUCAGAUCAAGAUCCAAGACUUGGAGGCCAUCAAGAUCAACUAUACCCGCGCGAGGAGCCAAAUCGAGUCAGUGUUGCUGCUUCUUAUCAUGUGCGGGCUGAUGUUGUGGCCUUGGUUCCACUUGGUGGAGCCACUUGGCAACCACAUGCUGGAGGUGAACAG